GGAAGAAGCGCCCUAUGAAUAAUGCAGACAGAUGUUUCCCAUCCUACGGGGAAAUGCCCCUCAGAUAUUUACUGAUAGCGAUUUGUCAACAGUUUAUUACCUGUUCCAUGGGAGAAGAUCAAUGGGUGGCAGAUAUUGCUCCGCAAGACCUAUACGUAUACGUUGGAGAACCUAUCGUACUAUACUGCAGUCUUACCAGUGCGUCCAAGGAAUAUGUCAACAACUUGGCUUUCGUAAUAAACGACUCGAAGAUUCCACAUGACUCUACAGUCGUAAAUGAAACAAGCAUUAAGUUAGAAAUUGACAAGGCCUCUUUAGCUGACGCAGGAUUGUAUCAUUGCAUAAGAACAGAUCGGGAUUAUGGAUUAAGCUACGCCGCAGUCAGAGUAGACUAUGCCCCUCAGCCGCCGUCUGAGAUAAACUGUACGGUGGAUAACUGGACAUCGAUGAUGUGCGAAUGGGAGGCAAACCAUACAUACAGAUACCAGGGUCACAUACAUUUUGAUGUUAACUGGACGGCGACGGCAUGUGCACCUGAUUAUGGAGGAAUGAGGUCAGCGAUGGGGUUAACUGCCCCCGAGUAUAAGUGGUUGGAGAAUGAAUAUUGUCGUGAUGCCCAGUACAGUAUUUUCGUAAUCGUCCACAACAUUGUCAGGGGAGACUACCGAACGUCUGAACAGUUUCUGGUCAAAAGUCGAUUUCGAGUUAAACCGGCGACCAUUGACAGCGAUAUGUUCAACGUGAGCCUUGUGAACAGCUCCUGUGUGACAGCCAAGUGGAGAUUUCUGCGAUAUAGUCAUCGACAGACCUGCUCAGUCCUUAUUCACAAAACAACUGCACCGGCAAAAGAGGACAACUGUGAAGGCAUUGUCAGCUAUAAGAGUUAUGAAGAGGACUUCUUUCCUACCGUCUAUAAGGGAAACAAGGGUGUCACUUCCAGAUGGAUUUGUGGACUGGAGCCUUUUACCAAGUACACCGUGGGAAUAUCAUGUGAACCAGCAGUAGGGGGCUUUAAAAGUGACGUCACAAGGACAUGUCUACAGAUGCCAGAAGAUGUUCCAGACACCGGGCCUAACGUUACUUCCGGUGGAUUCUGGGAGAUGUCAUGUGGUGAUAAUUGCAGAUUCGUCAAGAUAUACUGGCAGCCUGUACCAGAGAUCCACCAAAAUGGCGUCAUCACCGACUACAUACUCCGGUGGGAGAAUCUUCGACACAACCUGACCUCGCUCAUAUCUAUUCCGGCGAGUCAGCAUUCUCACAACCUGACCCUAAACUCAUCAGACGCCUACUACAUCAAUAUCAGUGCCGCAACCCUUGUUGGCAGUUCCCAGGAAGAAUCAAGACUUUACCUCCCAUCAUUCGAGCAAAGUUCACGGGUUCCUGAAGUGUUUCUGGCUCAAGCAAAUUCACACUCGUCCCCAAUGGACAUAACAGUGUCCUGGGAACCCAGCAAGGAUUUGUCCGUGACUGGUUACACCGUGUACCACUGCGAAGGUUCCCCGUCGGUGCGGGUUUGUAAGAACUUUCUGGAAUGGCAGCACCUCCCAGCUGACCGGUCACACGUGACACUCUACCCGCCCUCAGAAUUAGACGCCGAUACAAUCAGUGUGAGAUAUAUGAUCGGGCUGUCUGAAGAAAGACGAAAUGAAAGCAGUGGAAUUGUUUGGAGUAACUGCAUCUAUAUUAAACAGAAAGUUCCAGAUAUACCACCACGAGGCAUAAGUCUCGAUAUUCAUGAGGACUCCAGUUUGGAUAUUCAUUGGUUACCUUACACCUGUUCAGAAUCCGGGUACAUUGUUAAAUAUAAGCUGCGCAGUUGUGUUAUCAGGGGAGAAAACUCAUGCACAACACCUGUCACUGUCACAGAGGUGGAUGGUCAGAUCUUCAACUAUAGACUAAGCGAUCUCGAUCUGAAACAGCAGUAUGGAGUCCAACUCCAGGCCGUAUCCGAUGGCGGGGAAGGGCCUGAGUCAACCCUCGUCAUGACUCCAAAACCAUGGUUUCCACGGUGGACCAUCGGCCUCAUCAUCAUAAUGGCAGUGGCAAUUUUGUUUCCAAUAGGUUAUAUCAUAUUUUAUCGUACAAGGCAAUAUUUUGCAUCAUCGGAUAUUGUAGUGGUGGUACCUCCCCCAGUCGAGGACGAUGGUCAGGCACGCAGUAUUUAUGAAGAUGAUAACGACUCAGAUAUGGAAGAGAACAUGGCAGUGUUGGGCAAUCACAGUACAGAUAUCCUUCCAUACGUCAAGGUCGAGCCAGAGGGCCAGUACUCUUUAGCCCUCACAGACCACACACAAAACGGAAGCAUUUUGAGCACAAGACAUGAAGACAUGAAUUUUGACCCCGAUGAUCAAUCAACAAUUCGCAUCAAUCGGGGCAAAAUGGAGGUUUCAUUCCAUUUGGCGCCUACAGAGAAAACACGGAAGAGCCUCAAGAGAGAUCUGGUUGUUGACCAUGAGGACCAAAGAGGUCAUAUUCCGUCAGUUAAGGAGACCUCUGAGGUUGUACAAGCUCAUCUACCACUGGACCUACCUCGCAAAGAUUGCCCAGCGGAAGCUUGCCUGUUACCUGGAGCGCACAUGCCUCGCAGAGAUCAGCCCGUGGAAGCUCACCAGUUGCCUGGAGUGUACGUGCCUCACAGACAUCAGCCAGCGGAAGCUGACCUGUUGCCUGGAGCGUACGUGCCUCGCAGAGAUGACCAACUGGAAGCCCACAUGUUACCUGGAGCACACUUACCUAACAGAGAUGACCCCGCGAAAGCUCACGUGCUACCUGGAGCGUACGUGCCUCGCAGAGAUCUGCCAGUGGAAGCUCACCUGUUGCCUGGAGCGUACGUGCCUCACAGAGAUCAGCCAGCGGAAGCUCACCUGUUGCCUGGAGCGUACGUGCCUCGCAGAGAUCUACCAGUGGAAGCUCACCUGUUGCCUGGAGUGUACGUGCCUCGCAGAGAUCAGCCAGCGGAAGCUCACCUGUUGCCUGGAGCGUACGUGCCUCGCACAGAUGACCGAGUGGAAGCCCACUUGUUACCUGAAGCACACUUACCUAGCAGAGAUGACCCAGUGAAAGCUCGCCUGUUGCCUGGAGCGAAGAAAAAGAAAAAAGAAAUCAGGCAGCGGCAUGCUCAGUCCAUCAGCAGGAUGCUACCUACCGCGGAGGUGAAUACGAUCUGUUCAUUAGCCGAUGUCAGCACGUCCACUUCGUGUGUACUUGAUGAACAGUAA